GAUUAGGGGUGAGCAUCAACCCGCCAUCGACCCGUAACCGAGCCACCCGACAGUAAAAUAAAGCCCUCGGGCGGGUUUGGGCAGGUAAUCGGGUACAGAAACGUGAAAAAUCGGUUUGAAUCAGUUAAAUACGGGCGGGUGCGGGUUGUGUAAAAUAUUUCCGUGGAAACCGGCACCCGACCGCGUGAAUGCAUAAGUUCCCGUGUUGUUCAGCGUGUAGACCACUAGACCUGUACUAGCCUGGCACAUCUACUUAACUUUUCACUGUUUGCAGUGUAUUCCUACUAGUCUAAAGCCGUUCAACUACUCUGCCCACUAUCUCUUUCUUUUUUAAUUAACUCUUUUGAAGUUCCAUGGGUCAUUAAUUCAUUUAAUUGUUUAUUGGAAACAUACUACUUCUCUCUCAUUCCAAGGCCACAAAAACGUCUCUUUCUUCUUCCAAUUCCAUUAGUCUUCAAACCAAUUCCAAUUCCAUUAUUCAUUUUCUCCAGCACUUGCUUUCUCUUUUUUAUUUCACCAUGGUUCCCCAUCUCCCUCUCUAAUCCUCCAACAUUUCAGUUUUUCUUCAUUUAUCCAUGGUUUCCACCUUCUACGACUCUACCCCUCUAUUCUUCGCCAUGGCUCUACAGCUAGCUGUCAAAAACUGCAUAAAAAGGGGCUUACUGGUGACCAAAUGAAAGGCUGGAAAUAUGAAUAUUUUGUUGUAUUUUUUCCAUGCUUCAGUGAUUAGAGCAACUGGAUCUUUCUAUCUACCCGCUACCCGUUUCACCCAAACCGACACACCCGUAAUCAUACCAUGGGAGGAAUCGGUGGUGAAUAUGCUUGAUUGAAGCCCGUUCAAACCCGGUAUGUUUCACCUGAACUCACCCGAACCCGACCCAUGCUCAGCCCUAAUAAUGAUGAUCACAAUCAAUGUUUUAUAACAAGUCUUUCUUGUUUUGCUGUUUUGAUCAUCUCUCACUAGAUACAAGAGAGGAUUCCACCUAUGCUCCAGCGAUACAUGUCCCCGUGUUCUUGUGCAUUGACCCUUAACCAGAAAGCUGGCACAUCUGGAGGGAGAGCUUUGCAAUUGUGUUUUGUGAAUCAAUUGCCUGAAACAAUUUUCACUCAGUGCGAUAUCAAAGCUGAGGGAGGUCUUGCACUUCAAAUUGAGCUCCGUGAUGCUGCAAACCAGCAACGCGUAGUCAAGGACGAAGGUUCCUCUAUGAGGAUCAAGAUCUGUGUCCUGGAUGGUGACUUUGGAAGUGAAGAUUGGACUGCAGAGGAAUUCAAUGCCCAAAUUUUGAGUCCGAGAGAGGGAAAAGGGCCAUUACUUGUUGGAGGCACGAUCAUUACAUUGAAAAAUGGAGUUGGUUACAUCAGUAAGAAGAUUGUGUUUACUGAUAACUCCAGCGGAACAAGAAGCAGAAAGUUCCGGUUAGGAGUUAAAAUAGUGCAAUCUAAUUCCUCUAGAACAGACAUCAGAGAAGGGAGGAGUGAACCCUUUAAGGUCUUGGAUUACAGAGGAAAAGCUAACAUGAAAUACGGCCGUCCAUCAUUGAAUGACGAGGUAUGGCGUCUGAAGAAGAUAGCCAGAAAUGGUGAACCUUGCAAGCAGCUGUCCUCACAUGGAAUAAAAACUGUUAAGGAUCUUCUGCGGUUGUACAUAACCAAUCAAGCUUCAUUAAGAGAGAAAAUAGGCAAGAUUCCAGAGAAGUCAUGGAAUACAAUUAUUGAACAUGCUCAAGAUUCUGAUAAAGAUGAUGAUGAGCGCUACAUUUAUCACACAACUGAACAACCAAUGUCCCUUGUCCUUAAUUGUGUGUAUGAGGUUGUGGAGGUGACUUUUGAUGGACAAAAUUAUCGCCCUGUGCAAUCUCUGAAUUUGGAAGAGAAGCGUUUGGUGGAAAGAGCUAAAAAGCAAGCUAACAACAAUUUGAAGGAUCUUCAUCUGAUGCCAGUUGGGACAACAAAACAUGGCUCGGGGGAGACAUCGCCAGGUGUACAAACUGCACAAUAUGGUGAACCAGAUCAUGGUCUGCAACAGUUUGAAAUUCCAAUUGUUCAGCAAGGCCAACUAGAAGCAUUGUCAUUCGGUACAACAUCACAGAGUGACCUGGUAGGUUUAGAUCAGCUGGGAGAAACACCACCAUAUUGUUCUGCAGGUGGACCAUUGAACUCUGGAGCAUAUACUGAUGAUGGAAACAGAUCCCUCUUCGGUGAAGCACACAUUGAUGAAUUUUCUGAUUGCUUUCCUCCCCUUGACCAUUGGGAGGAGCAUGUAGGUCCUACCUACUUUUCACCUGAUGGCCAACUAGAAGCAUUGUCAUUCGGUACAACAUCACAGAGUGACCUGGUAGGUUUAGAUCAGCUGGGAGAAACACCACCAUAUUGUUCUGCAGGUGGACCAUUGAACUCUGGAGCAUAUACUGAUGAUGGAAACAGAUCCCUCUUCGGUGAAGCACACAUUGAUGAAUUUUCUGAUUGCUUUCCUCCCCUUGACCAUUGGGAGGAGCAUGUAGGUCCUACCUACUUUUCACCUGAUGGUAAUGUAGGAUCUAGCACUUAUCAAUCUUCUCCAGUAAUGAGAGUAUGCCAAGCAGAGGAAAGUGCAAGCAAAUUUGGCAGAAGAUUCGAAAUACUUUCCUUGGCAGAAGAUUCUAAAUGUUUUCAAGUGUGUCGUACUGCAUAUAGCUAAAAGAAAGGCACAAGUUUUCCACCAUCAACAUUAAUGCUUGUUUAAUUUGGUUUCUGAUCACAGUUUUCAGUUUUUUUGUUGUCAUUUCAUUGAACUGAGUUUUGAGUUAAUAUUGAUUGUUGGGCUUUUAGUUCAAGUUAAACACCACCAUCAAGAUUGCGUUUUGUGUGCAUUCAAGGAGGAUCUAUUUAUGAAAAAUACAUACAUUGCUCAACA